GGACCGGGACCUGGACUUUGACGACUUGGGGGGCACCUUGCUCUGGGAAGAGCCAGCAGACAAUGUGCGGACGCUGUGGUACGUGCUGUACCUGUCGCAGGAUGCAGCAGGAAACGGCCGACAGCAGGUUGGGAGAGAGGCAGUGGGCGUCAACCAACUGCAGCUCCAGGCAGAUACUACCCGCGCGGCCUUUGAUUUCUGGACUGUCUUCACAGAGUCCGCGUUGGUGGAGCAGACGACGCCAGUUGCCUUGGCCUUGAGCGACACCAUCGCCAGCGUGUCCGGGGUAAGCUUUCUGGACCUCGACCUGGACGAGGCGGAGAUUGGGGGCACGUUCUACUGGCAACCUCCGAUGGACCAACAACAGGUGGUGUACUACCAACUCUACCUGAGCCUUGUGAGCCCCGCCACAGCCGGGCUCCACCCAAACGGCACACAGGACUGGCUGAAGUUUCCCAACGGCAGCGUUUCCGUGGGCACGACUCACCUGGAUUUGCUGCCAGACCACCCUGUUCCGGCGGACGAUGCCUAUAUCUUGGUUUACACGGAGUCCACACUGGCCGAGCAGACCACGCCGGUGGGGCAAGCGCUGAACGACUCCCUCGCCUCGGUGCGGAACGUGUCCUUUACCGACUUGGACUUGGACCAGGAGGAGUUGGGCGGCAAUGUGACUUGGGAAGCCGUUCCUCCAGAGGAGCAAGCGGAACUGGUGACUUUGCAUGACGUGUACCUGGCAGAGGACGAGGUUGGCGCUGGCCGCUCGCAGUUUGCGUCAACGAAGGGCGAUACGGUUCCUUUGGAGGCGGAAACACCGCGCAGGUCCUUCUCCCACCUGCUGGUCUUCACCCGCUCGAGCCUAGCGGAGCAGAGCCGCGCGGCGUUUCUUGGCCUCAGCGACACCACGCGGCUAGUGCAAAAUCUCAGCUUCGUGGACCAGGACUUGGACGCGGAGGAUCUGGGGGGCAAUGUGAGCUGGCGCCAGCCGGAGGAUUCGUCGCUCGUGGUGCACUAUACGGUGUACUUGGCCACCUCCGGUUGGGGUGCGGACCGAUCCCAGGUCGCACAAGUCGAGGUUGGGAGCACUGUAGCGCCAGUGCAGCCGGACACGCCGCUGAACUUCACGCAGGUCCUGGUCUAUGCACAGUCGCUGCUGGCGGAACAGACCACCCCGGUGGCGCUGAAUAUAAGCGACACCGUGGCCAGCGUCUCCAACGUGGAGUUUGUGGACAAGGACCUGGACACAGCUGAGCUGGGCGGGAAUGUCACCUGGACAGAGCCACUGAUCGACUACAACUUCGUGCAGUUCUACGACGUGUAUUUGGCGAACAGCAGCUACGGCGCCUUCAGAGCCCAACUGGGCGCUCCGCUGGGUGCCGGGCUGGCGGAAACCGCCGUGCCCGUGGAUUUGGCUCAGGAGUUCCACACCCACAUCGUGGUCUACACUCGCUCGGUUUUGGUGGAGCAAUCCACGCCAGUGGCGGCACAGAUCAGCGACACCUCCUCGGAUGUGCAAAAUGUCACCUUCACGGACGAAGAUCUGGACGCAGAGGACUUGGGAGGGCGCAUUUACUGGGACAGCCCGGCAGAGUUCUCCCAAGUCACCGGCUACAACAUCUACAUCUCGCAGGACGCGUUCGGCGGCGGGCGCUCGCUGAUUGCCGAGCAGACACUGAAUGAGUCCCGGCAGGCCGUGCUGGCGGCAGACUACACCCUGGCCAACUUCCGGCAUUUGGUGCUGUACAGUCGCUCCUCCUUGGCGGAGCAGACGACCCCCGUGGCAUUUGAGCUGUCCGACUCAGAGUCAGUGGUGGUGGGCCUCAACUUCACCGACAAGGACCUGGACGGCUCGGAGCUUGGGGGCACCAUCACCUGGCAAGAAGCUGGGGACUCGCAACUGGUGGUGGCCUAUGACCUGUAUCUGAGCGAGAGCGCCAGCGGUGAAGCUCGAGCUCGUCUGAAUGAGUCUCUGCCUGCAGAUGUUUUCGACUUGGACGUCCCCCCAGAGUUCCCGCUCGGCUCAGCGACGCACGUCACCAUCUUUACUCGCUCUUCGCUGGUGGAACAGACCACGCCUGCCGCCAUCAACAUUAGCGAUGCUGCCUGGAAUGUGCAGGAGGUGUCCUUCUUCGACAUGGACCUGGACGGCGCAGACCUCGGGGGCCGAAUUGAUUGGAUCCCCCCCGCAGAGGAGUUGCUGGUCACCAGCUACGUGGCCUACUUGGCGGCCAAUGCCUCUGGGGCUGCCUCCGAUGGCCGCUUGCAGAUCGCGGAGGUGUCCUACACCCAGCACUUUGCGGACUUGGCCCCGGAGCAGCAGCAAGACUUUGAAGGCGGCUUCCUCUCGCAUGUGGUGGUUUUUACCAAGAGCUCGCUGGUGGAACAAACGACGCCUACGGCGCUGGAGGUGAACGACACUGCCGCCUCCGUGUCCGGCAUCGUGUUUGUGGACCGUGACCUGGACGAGGCGGAGCUGGGGGGGAACAUCACCUGGCAGGCGCCGUUGGACUCCCAACUGGUGACCCUCUACUCGGUUUACCUCUCCGCCAGCUUCGACGCCGAGAACCGCUCGCAGAUUGCCACAGAUGUGCCCAUUGGCACCACCCUAGCGCAGCUGGCUCCGGAGACGCCGCAGCGGUGGUUCACCUAUGUGAACAUCUACACCAAGUCCCCGGUGAUUGAACAGACGACCCCAGCCUCUCUCGUGAUCUCGGACAGCGUCGCGGUGCUGGCGGAUGUGCAGCUGGUAGAUGAAGACUUGGACGCAAAUGAGCUCGGAGGCAACAUUAGCUGGCGAGUGGUGGAGGAGCUGGAUCUCAUCACUACCUUCGCCGUGUAUUUUACGUCAAACACCUCCUGGCAAGGCCUUCGUAGACGCACCGGUGAGGAUGUUGUGGUGGCUGAGUACGCGCAGCUUUUCAUCCCGCCAGAGACCGACCCGCCGUUGAGCAGCUACAGCUGGGCCUCCGUGUUCCCUUCAUCUUCGUUGGCGGAGCGUACCACGCCCUUCUCCGCCCCGGUGAACGACACGAUCUCCCCUGUUUGGAACAUCUCGUUCACGGAUUUGGACCUCGACUUGCAGGACCUGGGCGGGCGCAUCACCUGGACCGAGCCCUUGGAGGCGUCCCAGGUCACGCACUACCUUGUCUAUUUGUCCGCAAACUCCUCGGGCGAAGCGCGGUCUCAAGUGGCCAACGAGGUUCCCAUUGACCAACUCUUCAUCGACCUCGUUCCGGAAACACCACAACUGGACCGAAGCUUCAUUGUUGUGUAUACCCGCUCGGUGCUUGCAGAGUCGACCACGCCCAGCUCCUUGGCCAUCUCCGAUUCCUUCGCCGUGGCUGAGGUGAACUUCACAGACCAAGACCUGGAUGCCACUCAGAUCGGAGGUGUUAUCUCCUGGACGGCUCCUUUGCCGGAUCAACAUCUCGUAGAUCACUUUGUGGUCUACUUGUCCGAUAGCGUUGGCAACAAUCGGUCACAGCUGAGCGAGCCUUUCACGCGAGAGGUGUCGAUACCCCCGGAGCUCUAUUUUGCCCCGCACACGCACGUGGCGGUCUUUGGGGCCAGUGUUUUGGCGGAGCAGACGACGCCUUCCACAGUGGAGAUCUAUGAUGCCGACGCCAGCGUGACAAACAUUGUCUUCCAGGACAAGGACCUGGAUGAGCUGGAGAUGGGGGGCGACAUCUUGUGGACUGCCCCUGCGGACUCGGAGCAGGUCACGUACUACGGAGUUUUCCUGCGCGGGGACACGACGCUGCAAAUUCCGGGCCCUGUGGGGGGACUGGUGCCUUUGGGCACGGAAAGGGAGUUCCUGGCAGCGGACACGGCCAUUGCCGGGUUCCAGGAGGUGGCCAUUUUUACCCGUUCCAGUCUGGUGGAGCAGUCCACAGCUGUCGCGCUGUCCAUCGAGGAUGAGAUCGCCUCGGUGUCCACGGUGACCUUCCAGGACGCAGACCAGGACAUCGACAUGCUCGGGGGUCGCAUCCAGUGGCAACUUCCCAACGACACCUCGGAGGUGGACUUCUACGUGGGCUACUUCGCCGCUUCCCCAGGCGCGAACGAUCCCAACGAUGCCUCCGCGCGGCGCUUUGAGUUCGAGAUUGUGCCUGCGGACUUUUACGACCUGCCCUUCCAGACGCCCCAAUCAGGCUUUGGCUACUUCUUGGUCUAUACGAAGUCUUCCUUGGCAGAGCAGACGACGCCCACCUCUCUUGAGAUGGUCGACUUCUGUCAGAAUGUGCCUACCCUGGAGAACAUGUCCUUGUACAUCGAGCAGGGCACGAUUGUUCUAGCGCACUACGAUGUGCCCGAGAUGGUCAUCACAAAGCUCACCAAGGUCUCGGAGGACGGGCUGAGCAUGGAGUUCGCGCCGCUGCGGAAAGGCCCGGUGACGAUGAUCAUCACCAGCACCACAGAUGUAGUCGGCAUGACCAGCACCCACGUGCAGAACCUUGUGAACGCCAAAGGGGGAGCCUCCUGCCAAAUUGACCGCUACCUCACAGCCGCCUGCUCUAACGUGACACUCCAACUGAGCGGCUGCGCGCUGCCGGUGGGUGGUCUCCACAAUUACCGGCUCUGGAUUUUGCAAGCGGACGAGACCACCACACUGCCAGAGGCGGCCUACAUCGACUUCGUCAUCGCAUCCGUGUUGUUUGACCAGGGCCCGCUGCUCUACUUCCGGAACCAGACCUCCGUGGGCAUCCAAUACAUCCCUAGCCAUCAGGGCUUUGAGUGGCUGUAUGUGCUCCCCACCGCCGGCGGGGUGGCGGAUCAGGUCUUUGCGGGGGAGGACUACUUGCAAUGGAAUCAGCGGGUCAAGAGCGCGUACCUGGGCCAAGGCUGCCAGUCUAUGCAGGUGCCCAUCAAGGGCAAAGAGGUGAAGAUCUCCUUCUUGCACGACUGCUUCUUUGAGCUCGGCCAGGGAUAUCGACUCUUCAUCCUCCUCGAGGACGGAUUGAACCGCAUGGACGGCACCUUGAAGACGAUGGAGUUUGUCUAUCAGGGCGAGAUGACCCGAGACUCCGCGAUUCCCUACUCGCACCCGGUGCCCGUCUCCACAAGAUGGCGAGUGGUGCCCACCACCUCUGUGAGCUCUCAGUGGAAGCUGCUGCGCCUGCGCAUGUUCUCGGACGUGUCUUGCGAGCGUGCAGUGGCUGUGUUCCCAUCGCCCUACCGGGACCCGCUGCUCUCUACUCUCCGUGAAGGCGCCGUGCUGCCCAAUGGUGCUGCCUUUUCGAAGCCGGGGCCCAUGCCGGCCAACAUCUUUGAGGCGGAGGGCGCCUGGGUGUCGGGCCAGCCCUGCGAUGCCAACGGCUGCUACAUCGGCUUCAGCUUUGGCGUUGGAGGUGAGCACGAGGCGCCGGAGGUGAGUGUGGCCUGCGUGGAGCUGCUACAGUCUGAGGUGGCUGGUGAGUUUGCGGAGGGCUUGGAGCUCCAGUAUCACGAUGGGCAGAGCUACGUAGGCUACCGCCAGGCCUCCGGCCUAAAGGGCGGCCUUGCCAAGCUGCCCAGCUUCAACGGCACCGUGGGCAUCCACGUGGACGGGGCCAAAAGGUGAUCAGAUCGCGGAUUGACAGGAUCGGGGAACGCUCGCGGCGAAGGCGGAGAUGGUAAAUGCGGAGCUCGCGCGGCAGAACGCGGUGACGGAGAUCGCGGAUCAAAGAUUGCCGGGCCAGAACAGUAGAACUCGGCCUCGGCGCGACCUGCGUUAGAAAUCGGCCCCUGAACAUAGGGGCCCAAUGCGCUGGGCAACAAGAACUCUCAGGCUUCAAAUGGGCCAGGCUGAGCUGAUAGGCACGCACGCGCAGGGGAAAAAGAGUC